AUGACUGUGAGCUGUGUGGUGUUCAAGUUUGUGGUGCCAAGUUAUUUCUUUCCUGCUUUGGCCAAGGCUGUGAUGCAGAUUGGUCCGGAAUUGUCGAGGACUGUGGUUGUUCCGACGAAGUUGGAUACUAAGAUACCGCAGUUUGCGUGUCCUUCUGAUGUUGAGGUUUUUCUCUUGCCGCCGACUUCUACGCUUGAUGGUUGCAUUCUUGGUGAUUUGCCGUUUUUUACUUCGGUGCUUUCGGGGAGAGUUGGUUCUGGAAGUCACUGUUUAUACUCCUCCAAUGAUGAUUUCAAACAGGCAGUAAGCUUUAAAGAGAUGGAAGAUGUUGCGUCCUUGGAGGAGAAAUUGGGAAGGCCACUGUCAAAGCAAGAAAGAAAUAACCUGGUGUAUAUAAAUAACGUACCGUUGAUCAAUUCACUUCUUGAGAAGGAGCAUCGGAGCGUGACAAGGAAAUUGAGUGAUGUCAAACAAGAAUUGAGCACACUGGAUGAAGCCAAGCUGAAGGAGAAAGGAAGAGCUUUUCAUGAUAUGUUCUUGACUAAGCUGUCAUUGCUGCUUAAAGGGACCGUUGUUGCGCCUCCUGAUAAGUUUGGUGAAACACUAUCAGAUGAGCGAGUAAAUGGAGGUGCAUUUGUUGGUGCUGAUGGUGUUCAAUUCCCUCACAAGCUAAUACCUAAUGCAGGGAUGCGUCUUUAUGGUGGUGCACAAUAUCACCGGGCAAUGGCUGAGUUUCAUUUUGUAGUAGGAGGAAUCAAGUGUACUCCAAUCACUCGGGAAGAAAUUGUAAAUGCUUGUGGAGUCGAAGACAUUCAUGAUGAGACAAACUACUCUAGCGGCAAUUCUGUGUUCCUGAUGGAUAGCUUCAUGAUAACUAUCCUGAAUUUGUUGCUAUAA